AUGGCUCCAGCUCUCACAGACUCCCUUCCAACUGCUGCCCACCAACUAAACAGCCAAGUUCCCAUUGACAUCUUCCCUGACGGCCUCAAGACGACCGGCCAACACCCUCCUCUUUAUGAUCAUAUCCAGCCUUUUGAUACCUUCCCCAAGGAGAUCUCUGGCCCUACUGUUUGGAAGGCGGAAGACUACCGCGAAACCCCAGAGAAAUGGGUCCAUGUCUUCACUGAAGAGCAGAUCGAAGAGCUCAGUAAUGCUGCCGAUGCAUUCCUGGCAGCCAAGAUUCCAUUGACGGGUAUCUCCAAGAGCAACUUCCCUCUCCCCAAGCUAGCCAGCUAUCUUCAGGAGUUGAAAAAGGAGAUCAUUGACGGAAGAGGGUUUAUUCUCUUCAAGGGAUUCCAGGUCCAGAAAUGGGGAAACCACAAGUCUGCUGUUGCGUACAUGGGUUUGGGGACGUACCUAGGCUACUUUGUCAGCCAGAACAGCCGGGGUCAUGUAUUAGGCCAUGUCAAGGACCUGGGCGAGGAUUCAACCCAGAUUGACAAGGUCCGGAUCUACAGGACAAACGCUCGCCAAUUCUUCCACGCUGAUGACUCGGAUAUUGUCGGGCUGUUGUGCAUCGCUCGGGCCCUCGAAGGCGGGGAAUCUGAUAUCGUCUCCUCGCACCACGUCUACAACACUCUGCAGAAGGAGCGGCCAGACGUGCUUCGCACGCUCACGGAGCCUAUCUGGUACUUUGACCGCAAGGGCGAGACCAGCAAGGGCCAGGAAGAAUACAUCCGCACCAGCGUGUUCUAUCUCGAGCGGGGAGAGAACGGCCGCGUCUACUCCAAGUGGGAUCCGUACUAUGUGCGCUCGUUGACUCGUUUCUCGGACGCGGGGAUCAUCCCGCCGCUGUCACCGGCGCAGCAGGAAGCCAUCCAAGUGCUGGAAGCGACAUGCAACCGACUGGCACUGCAUAUGAUUCUCGAGGUCGGCGACAUCCAAUUCCUGGCCAACUCGCACAUCCUGCACGCCCGCACCGCGUAUAGGGACUAUGCGCCUCCGGCGCCCCGCCGUCAUCUGAUGCGCCUGUGGCUCGCGACCCCGGAGAGCGAGGGCGGCUGGAAGCUGCCCUUCUGGGACAGCAACGAGAAGAAGCGUGGCGGGAUCCAAGUGGAUGAUCAGGCACCUGUGGCGCCUUUGGAUGCGGAGUAA